AUGAAAUUUGGUGUAAUUGAUACAAUACAAUGGUAUAAACGAAGUGUUGAAGACGUUCAAUUCGAAAUUUUAUUAAUGUCAAAUUUGACUGGUUUCUGUGAUAAAGAGGCUCAUUUAUUGGCUGUUAGUGGUGUAAUAAAUAUAUAUCACCAACAAUGA